AAUUAAGCUGUGCAAUUGGCUGCCAGAUCCAAAUUUGAAAAUCAGCUUUCUCGAAUUCACCGAAACAAGUGUCAACAUUUAAACAAUUAACAAGCGAAGUGUACAAAGAACAAGAGGCUAAGCUGACAGUAACCCUAUUGUUGAUCGAGGCAAUUUACAUUUUGUUGUCAAUGUGACACGCUUGGCUUUCAGUGAAAGAAGACACAUCUUGAUGCAAGUCUCCGCACAAUAGCAGAGGUAAGACGGGUGUGCGAACAUAAAGGACGCUUUUAAUUUGGCGUUAGUCGUAAUGAGAAAAUAGCCCAUUCAUUUUAUCAUUACAAAAAGAACUCGACAAAGAGAAAGGGUCCUUUGAAUCGCGAUGGGAAAGAGUGAUUUGGGUAUGUUGUUGAAAACAUAGACUUACACAAUCUUGAACGUGUUUUUUCGAAGACAUGCCACACACUGGUCUGUUUACCCAGGUUGAUCCAGUUUUGGAAUUACGGAGAUAUAACAUGGCACCUUCAAUGACACAUGGGAAAGGUACAAAUCGCAUUAAGAGUGCCAAAAAUGAAUCAAUAAUGACUGGGAUUGGAAAAGAAAGACUGAAGUCGAGAGAGAGAAGUAAAACUCUUGAUGUCGUACCUUCGAUUGCGGGUUACCAUGUUACAAAACAUUGGAGUCGUGAGGGAUCGAGUUUAAUCGAACAAUAUUCUUCUAAGAAAGUAAAUUUCUCCUCGAAGCCUUUACAGUUAUCUCGCCCAAACGCAAAACCAGGUAUCAGUUCGUCAAAAUCAAGAGGAAAAGUUGGCGACAUUUCUGCUAAAGUUAAACCAACAAAGCCUUCAGGGCAAGCGAUCGAAAUGAUAAAAGGCAAGCUACCUACGGCUGGAAAAAGACGUGGAAGUGAAACGCCAUCGUUGUUGAUGGUUACAUCGAGAAAAAGGUCGCUGUCUAUUCCUUCUGAUGCUAAAGAACAUUAUUCUAUUACAACAAUAGUUAAAGCAAGAAGCUUAGCAAUGAAAUGGCGGGGUCGGCAAGGGAAGCAGAGCCGAAGACAAACCAUUCUGCCCACCAUCACCGAUAAUACAUCAAAGUUUUCGCUUUGUGCGAAUGUAAAAUGCAGCCCUCAGUUCGAGGAGGUGAUAAAACUUUUGGAAGGAGAUCAUAAUGUUGAAGACGCUGUGAGUGACAUGAAAUCUCUACAGCUAAAGUGACGCUGUUAAUUUCAUCAAAAUCUAAGAGACGUUUUUCACGGAUUUUACCAUCUACAUGUACAACUAGCCCUUAUCGACGCGUUUCCGUUAAAAAUGAUACUUUGGAUGAUAUACAUCAGUAUGAAACGCGUUGGACAAAAACGAGAGGCGUUCAUGUCUUGAUAAAAAGAUGUUGCAUGGUGCGUUUUUAGCCUAAAAAAUUUAAUAUACACUUGCAAUUGUUCGUCAAGCAGAAAAAUCAAUCUUCAUGUGUUAUUGAAAUUUCUUCAGCUUGUACAAAUGUACAUCGUAACACAUAGUAUUAAACCAAGCUGUUUAUAUAAAACUUUUGAGAGAGGAAACCAGAAUUACUGCCCGAUUUCAACUAAUUUUUCAGUCGAACCCAUGAGAGCUGUAAAAUUAGCUAUUUUAGUUCUCGGAAUAAUAAAUUUCUUGGCUUGGACAGGAACCAAUAUAUCACUAAUCAUAAUUUUCUUUUCGCGUUUAGGUGUCAAUUAGCGCACAAAGCGAUGUUACGGUGGAAAUUUGCAUCUGAAAAAGAAAAAAAAGUAAACAAGUGUGCAUGAAAUACAAAUGACUGACACAAGAAUGACGCCUUAUUCUCGUGGCAAUCUAAUUAAAAAGAAAUAACAUUCUGCAGCAAUCGAAUUAUCUUUUUAGUGAAGUAGCACUCCUACAUCCAAAUUACACGAACGGUUUUACAGAAGCGACUCUUGCAUCUAUGUUGAGUUUGCAUUUCUACCUGCCCCCAAGUAAUUAGGAAUUAGCGACCGCCUUAAUUCCUCUUAAUUGACUCACUCAUGAUUGUUAGUUAUUGCGCGUUUUACACCAGGCAAAGAGGUGCUUCAAUUUAACAUAUAAUUAAAAUAUCUUGCGAGGUCAUUUCGGCAA